AUGGCUUCAGUGGGUGCAACCAUGCAGGCCAUCAACGAUGCUUGCCGAUCCAAGGGGGGGCAUUAUGCAACCUACAGUUGCCAGGUGGUCUCCUGGGACGAUGUGAGUCGUGGGACAGUGGGUGGCUCGUUGUCUUGCUGGGGGGCAAACAUCACGGACACCUACCUCAAGAGCAAGAGUGGGGCGCAGCUCUUCACGGUGCGCAGUGACAACUGGAAUGAAAAGCUGGGCGUCGUCUCUGCUGAUGAGGUGGCAGUCGUGGCAUCCCGCACAGGUGGAGCGCUGCAGCCGGUAACUCUUCGGACCGUGCUGCAGCAGAUGGGCGCUUACGGCAGCUAUGCUGGCCUCGAAGACCAGGCCGACCUCUCGAAUUCCGCCUUGGACUCGCAAUGCUCCAUCCGCUUUCAGACCACUUUCAUUCCGGUGGAAGAUGGCCCCGAUGGCCGCGGCAAGCUCGAGUUUGCCACGGAGGCCUACAACUACAACACCAUGAGCGACGCCGACCCGCGGAAUCUCGUGUUGCUGUGCACUAGCCAGGGCAUGGCCCUCCAGCAGGACGGUUCGGGUGCGAAGAAGCUCUUUCACCAUGCAGUUGAUGAGGAUGGCCAGAUCCACCGCUACUGGCUGGAAGCCGAGGAGAGCCGUCAUCAGGUGGGCGGCGAGCAGCGAGAAACAGACCAGGAGAGGGCAGAAGCCUUGGCUCGCGGCAAGGCGACCUCGAGCGUCAUCGGCAUCCGGGCCAUGGGCCAACGCUUCAACGUGCUCAUGACCAUCCAGGUCCCGCUGCAGCAGCAGGCACCCAUGAGAGAAGGAGCCUUUCCUGUGCUUGCAGUGGAUCCGGCCUUGUACACGCAGUGGGAGUACGAGUGCGCACCAGCCUGCAUGGAUGCAUUGAGUGAUGAUGACUGUGACAUGGACUGCGCCCCCCAGCUUCAGUGCCUUGAGCGCCGCUGCGUGCCCGAGGUGCGGUGCGCUGUGCCCACAGGCCAAAGCAGCGCUGCGAGGGUCUCUCGUGGCACGGAGCACGACGUCUGGGACGGCUUGUCCAUCAACUCGCCCAAGAGAAACGCUAACGAGCAUGUCACCGUCACGGUUGUCAUCUACAAUGCCGUCAAAGGGGGUGUGCCAACGCCCGAGGACGUCGCGGCGGCCAUCGACGACCUCGAGAACCUUUACACAGCGUGUGCCGACAGCGGGCGCUUGGCCGACAGCAAAUUCGACUUCAUGAAGGAGCAGCUAACAGUUGACGACAUGAUCGACAUUAAGUCGAAGUUGCAGUUUCAGCCUCCAGUCGUGGAUGUUCUCCAGCAUGCAGUCUUUCCAACAGCAUGA